GGCUACGACCCUGAACUGAACUGUCCUCCUUCUCAAUCUCAUCUCAUCGCGUCUCGUCUCCUCCCAAAUCAAAAACUCGGCAGUUCUUGCGAUACGCCUCGACAUCAUGCCGACUCUCGCUUCACGCUUCGAGCUCCCUGCUCUGAACCUCAACUUUGGCAGCAUCACCGACGGUACCGAUAUUCCGCCUCCCCCGGACUCUCCGGUUCUCAAGGUCCCGACUCCUCCCCAAACGCCUCCGCCCGCCGAGGAAAACAACAAGAAGGUCGUCAAGCAGGUCAAUGAAGAAAGCAAGCCUGCUUCCACCAAUGGUAAUCUAGCUGGCACCAAGCGCUCCGCGGAAGACGCUGUUCCCCUGAGCCCCGCCGCGUCGAGCCGCCAAGGCAGCAUCCGCCGCCUAUUUAGCAGGAGCACGUUGAAUAACAGUUACGUAGAGGGCCAGUUGCAGUCGAACGGAAGUCUCACAGUCGUCAACGGUGCGCGACCCUCCAGCCAGAGCGGCUCCAGCUUCAUGGAUGAUCGCAAGUCCAAGAGGACCAGCGGCUGGUUCCGACGGAUAAGGACUGGAGAUUCGAGCUCCAAGCGGGCCAGCACCGUCUUCGAGGCCGCUCCUCCGACUCCGACUUUCAACAAGAAGCCCUCCGGCCCGCCCCCUCCCAUGAUUCCCGAGAUGGCCGACCUCGAGAAGGAUGAGGGAAGUCUGGGUGCCGACCUCUUCAAGAACAUCAAGUAAACCAACGCGGUAUGGUUUACCACAUCCCAGAGCCAAGCAACAAGAACAACAACCAGCGCUAUAUUUGCUGUUUUUUUCGUACCCUUGGUCGUUUUCUUUUGCAUUUUUCAUUUUUCAAGGAUUGAGACAGCUACAACAUCGCCCACCCUUUUUUCU